GGAAAGAAAAGAAGAAAAAAAAAAACUCCUGGAAAAAAAAAGAAAACCGGUAAACAGCAACGCGCCGAGGAGCCGCUCAGAAACCGCCGUUAUCAGUGUUUUAAACGGCGCGACUGUCAUUUUAAAAAAUAACGGGCGGUUAACGUUAGCAGCUGCGCUAGCCGGAGCGAAAGCGCUGGUUUGUUUUUUCCACACUUGGGGACGUUUUUUUGUCUUUUCUUGUGUCUUUUUAAUUGUGUAUUUAAUUUAUGAGUUGUCUUCACGUCACGAAGAGGACAAGCAGCGCGUCUCGUAGCACCGAGAAGACACGCGGUUCGUCACGCUGUCCCCGGGAGCGGGGCAGAGCCGCCAGGCUUGGCCGCCUCCCUGCUCCUCCACACUGGAGUAGCCGAAAGGCCCGGAGGGGGAGGGGGCGCUGCAGCUCCGGCUACUGCAGUGGCUCAGUGAUGGGGAGGGAGGAACGGCUCCGGCCGGCGGGAGACGGACCGAAACACGGAGAGGUGCAGUUACAGCUCUGGACCGACGGAAGAACAGAAAACAACUAAGACGGGGGAGGUUUAUGCUCUGAGGGAUUAGCAUUAGCAUUCUUUUGCCCCAGGUGUAAACAGCGGCGUUUCCAUCAGCUUCGCGUCCAAGUAGCUGUCAGUUCAUUCAGCACUCGGCGUUGACUCCAAAAGAAGUCGAAACAGAGCCAGCACAAAAUGCCCUCCCCGUCGGACUCCAGCAGCGUCAUGUCGGUGUCCGGCUCCCGGGGUUUCUCCGGUAGUCGCCGCGGGCUCUCCGGGAGGUCGAGCGCGCGCGUGCUGCUCUACCUCGGCCUGUGUCACCUCGCGCUCGGCGGAAUGGUCCUCGUGUUCAGCUUCAUGAGCCAGGCGUUCACCUCCUCGCCUCGAGUCAGACAGGCCUGUCCGUUCUGGACCGGGUUUAUCGUUGUGGCCUCAGGAAUAGUAGGAGUGGUGUCGUGGAGGAGACCCUUCACUCUGGUGGUAUCGCUCUUCAUGCUGCUGUCUGCGGUGUGUGUGAUUCUCAGUCUGGCUGGCUCCAUGCUGUCCUGUCAGAACGCCCAGAUGGUCAAAUCUUACCUCACCUGCCAGGUGGAGAAUGGUCUGUGUUUGUGUUGUGACCCAAAGCAGACAUGUUCUUUGUUAGAUGAUGAAACUUUAGUGCUGUACCUGCAUGCGGACUGCCAUUCUGUACGGCACCAGCUUAAGGACCUGCUGUUUAGUGCCUGUGGGCUCAGUAUACUAUCCACCAUCAUUUGCACUCUGUCAACUGUUACCUGCAGCAUCCAUAUUUUCUCACUGGAUCUUCUCCAUCUGUUGGCUCCUCACCGCACUCGCUCAGUUAACCCAGAAUGCACCACUCCUCAGGACGCCUUUCUCACUAACAUGAUGGACUUUGAAGAGUUUGUCCCUCCCAUCCCUCCGCCUCCCUACUACCCCCCCGAAUACACCUGCAGUUCUGAAACUGAUGCUCAGAGUAUCACAUAUAAUGGAUCGAUGGAGAGUCCAGUCCCUCUGUAUCCUACAGACUGUCCUCCUCCAUAUGAGGCAGUGAUGGGGCAAAGGGCUCCCAGCCAGGCAACAGUGUUUGACACUCAUGUUGGCGAGCUGUCUGCUGAGAGAGGAACCUCAACAGCUUUCAGUGGUGAAGUGUCGAUGGAUAGUGGCUCUCUGUUGAUGUCUGAGAUUGUGGAUAUUCCAGAUGACAGUUCACCAUCAGAGGACUCUUGCCUGCUGGAGGUGAGGGUAGGGGUGCGUUCUCAAGCGCGAGGUGCCAGUGAGGGUGGGGAGGGAGGAGAGUAUGUCAGCUUCCGCUGCCGCACCCCACAACCCGAGGGGACAGCCGUUCCCCCUCCGACUCACCGCUGCUUCAGAGGAGAGAGGUCCAAUUCCUGCUCCUCUCCCAGCACCUACAAUACCUCCACCUAUAGGUCUCCAGUAAUGCGACACCAAGCUCUGUUGGCCAGUAGUUGUUCUCAGUUAGAGAUGCUGGGUAGUGCUGCCUCACAGCGAUCCUCGGUCCCAGAAAUCAGAGUAUGUCCCUGCACCCUGUCCCGACGAGGCUCCUCUGCAGAAACCACCAGUCCUCGCGCUUCUGCCUCCUCAACUGCCUCUCAAGAUCAGCAAGGAAAUGUAGCUCCUGUGCUCCAUUCUGGACGAUGUGUCCAUCAGCGAGUGGCCAGGGAGAGAAGGGACAGUGACGCUCUCCCACAGCUUGUGCGGUCCCACAGUGAACCAGGACUGAGCUCCUCCACUGACACAGGUGAUUUCAUUGGCUCGGUGGGCAGCAAAGGAAUGGAUCAGGGUGGCUCUCAUACCUCAUCAGACACUGGCCGAUCAGAGGCUUGCUUGCUGCGGCUUUCUCCUCUGGCAACCUCUGGUACUCUACCCAGAAAGGGCAGCCUGAAGGCUGGCACUGAACAGCUGCCCUCAAAACUGCCCCCAACCAGUCCUCUGCGUGUCCCUAAAGACUGUGCUCGAUCUUUGGGAGACCUCAAAGUGACUAGAGUGUUGGUGCAGCGCUUCCUCCAGAGGUCCAAACGAAAUCUAGCCCCUGCUUCAGAGCAUGCUGUGAACUGUAGUCAGGGGCCUAAAAGGAGAGCAGGAGGAGAGGGGAACCUGCCACUUGAUCAGGUAUUGCGUGGCUCUUGGGGAGCCAACAGAGGGCAGCAGCCUCAGCACCACCAUCGGCGCGGGCACCAUCACUCACACAGCGACAGCCGACAUAACGCCCGUCGCCAGGAUUACGACCCAUUCAGGGCGGAAGGCAUACACUUGCGCAGCUGCGGUGACUUGAGCUCCACAUCUGCAAUAUCACUGCGUAGGCUCCACCCACCUCCACAUGGAUCAUCCGGAGCCCUCCAUUCAGAGUCCACCCUCUGAGUGGGGGAGGGGCUUAAAGGAGGAGCACAGUGGAGAGAACAGAAAGAAGCGAGGAGAGGUUGUUGAGUUCAGAGGUAAAUAAUGUGCUGUGGGACUUCAGGUAGGGAUUAGAUUCCAUCAAAAGAACUAUUCUAACCUCAGCCAUCUAACAGUCCACAGAAAGACUGAAGACUGGAUCAUUUCACGAAACGAGGCUUCUCAAAUUAUCCCAUACAGAAGGAGAAGAGGUAAGGAAUGCCCCUGUCGAACAGUCUGGACCUCUGGCUUAAAUAAUCCUGCUAACUGAGAAAUCAUAUCGUUGUGAAGCACCUUGCUGGACUGUGCCUGACUAACACACUGGUGCUGUCUUUCAGCCUUACUCAGCCUCUUCCUCUUCCUCUCUGUCUGUCUGUCUGUCCAUCCAGACUAUCAUUUGCUCUCCAUGUUCACACAUUCACUGUGUCUCUGAAGAACUGGCAACAGAGAGUAUGAAGACACCUCUCACACAGUGCUUCCACUCACAACACUCACACUGAAACCUACAAAUUUUCAUAGAGUCAUGUGCAAAAGUCAGAGACCACCAUUUGUUUAAUUUUCCCGUCAAAACGGCCAUAACAUACAAAUCAUUGUCAGAAAAAAGCAGAAACCAUUUACCAGAAAAUUACACAGAGGCCUUAACAAUUUGAUAGAGGUUUAAUAUCAGUUCUGUAUUUCCUUUAUUACAGCUUCUUUCAAGGAGACUCACUUUCAGUUUUUCAAAGAAAUCUGCAUCGAUAUUUUUCCACACGUCCAGAGUUCAGUCUUAGACGUUGGUUGUAAUUCCAAUUACAAAUUAAAUUCCAAAUACAAAUGUAAUUCCGAUUACAAAUUUAGACUCAUCAGUACAUAAAACCUUACUCCACAUCUCCGAUGUCCAGUUUCAGUGUUCUAGUACAACUGUCUUCUUAUAUCUGUUCUUUUUGACAGCUUCUUGACAGCUGCACAUCCUUUCAGACCCAUUCUGUUGAGUCCUGUUUCCAAAAAACACUUAUUUUUCAGAUCUGAAUCAAGAGGAGGUUGAUCUUCUCCUCUCAUGAAGAAGAACGCUUUUUAGGCACUGUUUAUCAGAGGGGGAGAGUGCUGGUGGUCUGCCAGGUCUUGCACAGUCCUUUGGAAUCUCAUUUUCUUUGUAUCGUUUAACAAUUUUAGAUUCCCUCUCCAUAUGCAAGUGGAUUAUAUUUGAUCUAAUCUCCUCGAAAAUAUCUCCCAUAGUCAGUUUUGAUUUGCAUGACACAGAAAUUUGUGAAGCAAGGUCAGUUUGGGUAGUUGCUUGUGUCAGUAUUAGGCUGGAUUUACACAAUGAAACUCCUGCACCUUAACUUCUUUGCAACUUAUCAGUUACUCAAAGCAAUUUGAAAACAAUUAAAGUUGAAUGCAACAAUGUCAGUUGCUCCACUAGAUUGCCACGUUAAAAGUUCAUAAUUUUAGAUAUGCCAUAUCGGUCUUGCUAUAAAUUCACCCGUUAGGUGUAAUUUUCAUAUUUGCAGCAUUUUUAUCAUCUUUAUAUGUUUUCUCCAGCUGCCAUUGCUGUUCUUUUUUCCUGAUGUCUCUAUUUGCCUUUUAUUUAUCCAUUUAGGUUUCUUUACUAUAUGUUUAGGUAUUUAGCUCUUGUUUGUAUGAUAAGCCUUUGAUAGUUAGUCCUUAAGUAUAGCUUCAUGCCUCUUCCUGUCCUAGAUGCACAACAAAUUCAUCACAGGCCGCAUCUUUGUUUCCCCCUUUGUAUCUCUUGUCAUUGUUGGGAUCCCAAAUUAAUCUGAGCUCUGUGUAAAAAUUUGAGUGUCAAGAGAAGAAAAAAUGAAUUCAGCUACAUAGAUCACAACGACAGCAGGUUAACAAUGUCAAAAAAACAAUGGCAUUCCAUUUCAGACAUCGAAUAAACCAUCUUCUGUUUUUGUCCAUUGAUCUAGUGAAAUCAGUGGCUUGAAAGGAUGCUGUUUGUUGUGAUCACAUGCCGUGUUAGUUUCCGUAAUGUUGAGAUGCUUGCCAGUGUUGCAGUUGAGUUCCUAAAGUUGCAUGAAAGUUUCACCGUGUAAAGCCAGCCUUAGCGUCUCCUUGAAGAAGAACAUAAUGUCAGUGAGUGCAUUUACACGCACUUAAUAAUCCGAUAGCUUCAGAAAAUCACAUUUUGUCAGUAAUCCGAUCAACACAUUUACAUGCACUUGAGUAAUAAGUCAGGCAGUAAUUUGAUUUCUGAUUUGCAACCGUCCAAUAACCUCACAGAAGAAGACGUGAGAACUUCACGCCCUGUUUUUUUCCCUUUACCUGAACAUAUGAACAUGCAUCAUUUAGGAGCUUAAGAAUAUUUAAAUCCUUUAUUUCAGGUUUGGUUUCAGCACCUCCCCAAAAGUGGUUUGCUGCCAUAUGGCAACAUCCACUGUCUGUUCUCACACAUGUGCAGACUGAGAAAUCAGAAGGAAAUCAGAGUUCACAUGCGCUGAGAAGUCUGAUUACUGAGCUAAAAGCCAGCUGUCUUUAUAGGAUUACAUUAUCGGAUUCUAGAUUGUAGUAAGGUGUUUACAUGACCAUUUGAGUAAUCGGAUAACUGCAGAAAUCUGAUUAUGAUGGGAUUAUGGAGUGCAUGUAUACACACUCUGACUCCUUUGCGAACAGUGUUUCGUUUAGGAAGAAACAGCUGUAACUGGUUGGUUUUAAGGUGGGAAGGAUGCAAGAGUUUAAGAGCAUAGAGUGCACAAAAGUAAAGAGUGGACAAAUGAAAUACUGAUAGAUUUGAUAUUAUACUUUUCUAUAAUUUUCUGUUAAACAGCCUGUUUCUUGCUUUUUUUCUGAUGCUGAAAAAUGUGUACUUAAUGGCUGUUUUGAGUGGAAAUUGAAUACAUGAAAGGGUGGUCGCUGACUUCUGCACAGUGCUGUAUGUUGAUAUUUGUUUUUGUUAACAGCGCUUUUAACAGGUUUUAUAGGCAGUGAUGGAUCUUUAUAGACGUGUGCAUUUCCUGUUGAAAGACUGACUAUCAAAGAGCCAUCACACAAACAAAGCUGCAUCCUCAGCCACACUUCAACACUCUGUGUCUUACAAAGCCAUUGACAGUACGUGAAACUUUUUGGUUUGGAAUUCUUAGGCACUGUUCACACCUGUUUCGAGGAAUCUGGUUAUAAGAGGACAGUGAGAUGUAUCGCUGUUUUCACCUGGCAUUUCCAUGUGUAUUUGGCAUUUUGUGACUGGAGGAAUGGUACCUUACACAUUUACUUCACCGGUUUUUUGUUGUCUAACAAAAAUGUCCCUCAGAUUUUUGUUUAUGUACAUGUCCAGGAUGUUACAAACAUUAGAACACCUGGAUCGUCUUGAACUAGAGAAUAUAUGAAGUAUUUUCCAUGUUGAGAUUGUUUUAAGCUUAUUAUAACAUUUUUGACCUGCUUUAAGUCAUUUUGUCAAAUAAAAUGAUCUCGCCAAGUUGGCAGAGUUUUAGAAAUUUGCUUUAUAGCAAGGAACAUUAUCUGUCAAUACAGUGAGAUAAUUCUACUUGAUAAAAUCAUUUAAAACAACUUAAAAAUGUCUAAAUGUCUAAACCUAUAAGUUUAACACCUUCCCAACAUGAGGAAUAUUAGAUAUAUGCAUUCGAUUUGAGGUAAUUUGCCAUAGUAUGAUUUUUUGCAGUGUACAUGGGCAUAUGCAUCCCUGACCACCUCUGAAGAUGAAUUGGUCAGAUUAUAAUGUGUCUCUGACUGUUGAUCACUCCUGUGCAGUGCUAUGCCAAAGUCAGACCCCCCUUCGUUUAUUUCAUUUCCAGUCAAAACGACCAUUAACUACAACUUAUUUGUUUUUUAGCCUUGGUAAAAAAGCAGAAGAUGUGUAUUUAGCAAAAAAAGCACACACAAGCCUUAACAACUACACAAAAUAUGAGAAUUUUCAAUAUUUAGUGUUUCCACUCUUUGCCUUUAUUACAGCAUCCAUCCUUUUCAGGAGAAUUUGCUUUCAGUUUUCCAAAGAAAUCUGCAGGGAUAUUUUACACACCUCCAAAGUUCGGUCUUAGAUGUUGGUUGCAUUUUCUGCUUUUUUGUGAUCCAAAUAAUCCCAAACACGGUUGUGAUGUUAGGUGUUAAAGGUCUGGAGUCUGUGGUGGUCUGUCCAUUGUUCUGAGAACACCAGCAGCUUCUUUGUUUGAAUUCUUCUUUCUUUUUUUUCAGUGAGGCCUUCUUGACAGCUGCACAUCCUUUCAGACCCGUAGCAUUAAGUUGUUGUUUUACAGAGGAAGGGUGGACAAAAACACUUUUUUCAGAUGUGAAGCAGCAUCAAGCUUGUUUUUCUCCUGUUCAAAGCUGUUUGUGAACGCUUUAAGUGCUGUUUAUCUGAUGGGGCCAAUUUUGGUCAACUCUAGUUUUGGAACUGAUUUUUCACGUAGUUGUCUCAGGCUUUUCACUUCAUUAUGUAAGUAGAUUACAUUUUAUUUCUAAUCUGAAAAAAGAAUAAAUUGAAUAACUUGCUUUGACUGGAAAUUAAAUUUGCAGAAGGUGGAUUCUCACUUAUACAGAGGCCCUAAGGGGCCGUGUUCAAAAAAAGUUAAUGACAUUGCGGUCUCUCACAAAUGUUUUGAUUCCCUCGCAAAAUAUAUGCUUGUAAGACAGCAAGCAAACAUAGGACCAGACGUGCCCAACAACACUGCCUAUGUAAGAGCUGUUUUUAGCAUAGCUAACAUUAAAAGCAGUUUUCCCAGGUUCACCAGUCUGUGCUGAGUUUAUUCAGCAAUUGUUCUCUGCAGUGUUUGUAAAUGUAGGACUGUACGACGACCCUCGAUCUCAGUUUCAGUUUGUGGUCACUAGUAACAUAAUCAUGUUUGAUUUUAAGAAGUGACACUAUGUCUUUAUAUUUCAAUCCAAGAUCAAUGUAAUAUCCAAUGAGCUGCUCCAUCUCUGAGCUUAAGUUAAACACAGCUUUUGCAAGCGAAUGCAAACCAUUUGCAUCGUUAUGUUAAACAUUUGCGAGAGAAUGCAUUUUAUUUGCGAGGAAAUGCAUUUUACUUGCAACGAAACACAAAACAUUUGCAAGGGAAUGCAUUUUUAUUUUAUUCGCAGGAGAACGCAAAACAUUUGCGAGGGAUCGCAAAGUCAUUAACUUUUUUUUUUUUUUUUACUAUGGCCCCUUAGGGGCUCCGUGGACUUAUGCGCAGUUCUAAACUGAUUAUUGUCUACUUCUGAUUAGAUCGCCAGGUGUGAACAAGGCCUCAGGCACUCUUUUUAUUGUUAAUCGACAAACUAUUAUAAUAUAGACCCCUAACAUUUGCAACUGACGGUCAUUUCUGCCUCAAAGUCACUCAGCACCACAAUUUAAAGCAAAAGUCUCUCCAAACACGCACCCUUAUUUACUUCUCCCAUUCUUUAGCUCAUUCCACAUCAAUAGAGAUGAAUAGAGAGAGUUAAAUUGAAAGGCACCAGCUUUAUUUGUGCAAGUGCAUGUUUUUUCUAAAGUCUUUUCCUGACCCUGAGUAACACAAUGCAAAAUUAGUGUUGAUUUGCAUCUUUCUGUUCCUUUUUAUUCGACUUUUGAUUCUUGGGCUCCAAACGAUGCCUUUGCAUGCACUGAAAAAGGCUUGUGCUUUUUCUUUGUGUUUCACUUGUGCACACGCUACACAAAUUUGUGACCUUCGUGUCAGCAUGAAAGAGGUACACUGCUGAUACUUGAAAAUGUCUCAAGUGUGUUAGAACGACAUUAAUACAUGAUGAAGAAUCUCUGGCAAUAAAUAUGUAAAACUCAAUGCAUUGUACAGCUAUAACUAAUUUAUGGGAACUACAAAGAGGCCCUCAUGGUAAAGGUAUGUUUUGAAGGUCGCAAUAUUCAACUGAGGGCGAGCUUAAAGGAACUCUGGUGUUUUUAACUUAUUGUCUAUCGGAUUAAUCUGUAGCGUAUCAUUGAUUACCGUGAAUAAUAAAUGGAAUGUUUUUCUCUUUUGUUAGAAAAAAACAGCAAACCUGUUGAUUCAGAAUAUAGUAAUAAUGGAACCCAACGGGCAGGCACUGAUUUUUGGAGAAUCGGAAACAUGCCAAAAUUAUUGUGUGAAUCUAUGGUACAAAUGACAUGCAAUAGAUGGAGAUUCGUUGAAAAACGCUGGCGUAGUUCUUUAAGAAACUCAGGGUUAGAUUUCCUAACUAAGCCCAGUCACGAGAGUCAACUCAGUUUAUGUUGGGAAAAGUGCAAAAAAGUCAGUGUACUAACUAAAUCCAGUCUUCUUUCACAUAGAGCUGUUCAAGGACCCUAGCUCAAAGGCCUUUGAACACAAUGCUUAUUGAUGUAAAUAAUAUAAACAUUAAAUUCACUGACACACUUGUGAUGAAAAAGCUGAAAAUUGUAUGAAUUUCUCUGUAAAGCACUGAAACCAACUUGAAAAGGAGCUUCAGACUCUACCUCCUGCAUUGCGCUCUUAUGUGGCAUAAUGAGAGAAUCAACGUUCGAGAAAAUCAUUGUAUUAUAAUGUUGGGAACAUGAUGCCUAAAUAAAAAUCGAAGCAAUUCAAACACAAUAUACUUUUAAUGCAAGCCUAUAUUAAAAAAAACAUGAAUAAAUA